AUGACUCUUCAAAGUUAUGAUGUCGUUGUGAGUUUCUUUAGUGUGGUAUUGGAUAUUUUCUUCCGUGAAAUAAGGCCUCGCGGAUCACAUAAAGUACCAAAGGAAGGGCCGGUAAUAUUUGUCGCAGCGCCUCAUGCAAACCAGUAUGUCGGGAAUGCAAUAAUGCCUGGAUCGAAUCUUAAGUUUGUUGAUCCAUUGAUUUUGAUGAGGCAUUGUCAGAGGCACGUUUCAUUCUUGGUUGCAGAAAAAUCGAUGCGUCGCAAAUAUAUCGGAGCAAUGGCUCGUGCUGUUCAUGCAAUCCCGGUUACAAGGCCUCAGGAUUUAGCUCAAGUCGGAAAAGGACGAAUUCAACUUCUUAAUCGUAAAACCGAUCCAACUCGAAUCACCGGUAUCGGAACUGCAUUUACACAACAGUUGAAAGUUGGAUCUCGAAUUGCUCUUCCUAUGGAUCACGGCUCGUCUGAAGUAAAAGAAAUAUUAUCAGACACGGAAUUAGUUAUAAAAAGAGAAUUCAAAGAGAUAGAUGCUUUAAACUUGCUUACAGAUCCUGAAGGCACGCAAUAUAAGUGUUUUCCACAUAUUGAUCAUAGUCAAGUAUAUAAAAUCGUUUUCGAUACCCUGAAAGAAGGUCAUUGCAUUGGAAUAUUUCCGGAAGGUGGUAGUCACGACCGCACGGAAAUCUUGCCCCUUAAAGCUGGCGUGACAAUAAUGGCUUUGGGAGCUAUUGCUGCGAAUCCCGACUUGAACGUUAAAAUAGUUCCAUGUGGUUUGAAUUAUUUUCACGCUCACCAUUUCAGAUCACGUGCGGUUAUAGAAUUUGGUUCUCCAAUUUCUAUUCCACCUGAUUUAGUGGAGAAAUUUAAGGAAGGAGGCUCAUCAAAAAGGGAAGCUUGUUCGAAAUUAUUGGAAGACAUUUAUAAUGGUUUAAGAGCUGUUACCGUCAACACUCCAGAUUAUGAGACGUUGAUGUUCAUACAAGCUGGACGUCGUUUAUAUAAGCCGGCUCAUAGAAGAUUACCAAUUUCUCAAAUUGUUGAAUUAAAUCGGCGAUUUGUGGCAGGUUAUGAGCAUUUUAAAGACAAUCCCAGAGUUCAAGAAAUGCGAAAGCAUAUUAUGGAAUAUAACAAAUUAUUAAAAUAUCAUGGGUUAAAAGAUCAUCAAGUUAACAGGUCAGCUAUGGGAGGAACUAGAGCUGCCGGAUUAUUAUUCUACAGAGUGAUAUUAUUAGCAACAUGGGGAAUCUUAGGGCUACCUGGCGAAAGGAAAGCCAAAGAAGCUGUCCGUGUAUCAUCUAUCAAAGUGGCAGGACGUGAUGUGCUGGCGACAUGGAAAUUACUCGUUGCUCUUGUUGUCACUCCCAUGCUUUAUGGCUUUUAUACAUUCAUUGUGGUUCUCAUUUCAUUUAAAUAUAGGUGGAUAUUAAAAUGGAAGGUUUUUGCUCCUAUCUCAACCUUUUGCACGUUGGUCACGGGAAGUUAUGCGACCAUCAGAUUUUACGAGAGUGGAAUUGACGUUUACAAAUCGAUUCGUCCACUUUUCCUGUCACUACUUCCAUGGACACGAUCUUCUAUUAAAAAUUUACGCACAGUUCGUGAGAUAUUAUCAACUGAUAUUACUAACCUUAUUAAUGAGUUAGCACCACAAAUUUAUCAUGAUUUUGAUGUUGAAAGGAUCGUUCAAGCAGCAGCAGAACGUUCUGUAAUGUCUACAAUUUCAAAUAGUGUGUUCCAAUCACCAAUAAAUUGGCUAGAUGAUAGGAUAUUUAAUUGGGAAAGGCAAGGAGAAACAUCAGAAUUCGAUGAUGUAAUUUACUUUUUAGAGAAAAAUAAUGGUAGUGCAUCAGGACGUAGUAGAACAAGUUCAUGGGCUAGUGGAUCCAAUUCAAGACCUAGAAGUAGAGCAAAUUCAAUUACGUCCGGACCUCCAGGAGAAAGUUAUCGGGUUGAAGCAUUAACAGAGUUACCUAGAGGUGAACCUUUCUCAAAAUUAAAUUUAAGGACAGGAGGAUUCACCAAAAUCAAGAGUAAGGAAUCUGAAGAAGAUUCCGGAUAUCAUGGGGAUGGGGAGGAUGAUUAUUUCUAUACUAUUAUUUAUGGUGAUACAGAACUAAAAACACUAAAUCGAUCGGAGAAAAUACCUUUUCCCAAUAAGCUUAAAUUAUUUCCAAACAUAGAUCAUCAAAUUCGUUCAACGGAUUUUGAAGUUCAUCGAAAUUGGCUUGCUAUUACGCACAGUCUUCCGAUAUCAAAAUGGUAUUAUGAAGAUAGGAGUGAAUGGACUUUAGAUUAUCCACCAUUUUUUGCAUGGUUCGAAUGGUAUUUAUCACAAUUUGCAUCAUUAGCGGAUAAAGGAAUGCUUAAAGUUGAUAAUUUAAAUUAUGCAAGUGAUGCAACCAUUUAUUUUCAACGUACUACUGUAAUUAUAAGUGAAUUAGUAUUGUUUUAUGCAUUGAAAAAAGGAUUAUGUCAUGCAUAUUGGGCGCCGAAUUUUUGGGCCUUGUAUGCUGCGGUGGAUCGAGUGUUGAUUGUUGUUGCAAAACGAUUCGGAUGGACGUUAAAUGUAUCGGCAAUUGGUUCUAUUACAAGAGGGUUGGUUGGAGAUGUAAAUUUCGCGUUAUUGCCACAAGUUCAAGCGAAUCAUACUUUCAUUCUUACCUUGGUAUUCCAGACGGCAUCUCUUAUUAAAUUGUGGAAAUAUCCAACUUACAAAAAUUUUCUUGGAUCAUUAAUUUUGAAUGGGUACUCUUCUUUUCUAUUUGGAUGGCAUGUUCAUGAGAAAGCUAUCCUGUUGGUUAUGAUUCCUUUCAGGUAA